CCUGCUCCCCGCCCCUGCGCUUCUCGGCUUCAGCUUUUGCUGUCCUUCCCCCUGGCUCACGCCUCCCCGUGCCGGGGUCGCCACUCGCCGCUGCCCGAGUCCCUCGCCGCCCCCGCAGGCCCGGCCGAACCGCAGCGCGGGCGCCCGGCGCUCAACCCCGCGACCUCACGGAGCAGGAUCGCCGGCUCGGACCGAAGCCACCCGCCCGCCGCCAGCCAGGUGCCAUGCUGCUGCUCCUGCUGGGCUUCCUAAGCCCAGCGGCCUGCUGGGCACUGGGCCAGGUUGGCCCUGGCUCCUCGGAGCUGCGGUCGGCCUUCUCGGCGGCUCGCACCACCCCGCUGGAGGGCACGUCGGAAAUGGCGGUGACCUUCGACAAGGUGUACGUGAACAUCGGGGGCGACUUCGACGCGGCCACCGGGCGGUUCCGCUGCCGCGUGCCCGGCGCUUACUUCUUCUCCUUCACCGCGGGCAAGGCCCCGCACAAGAGCCUGUCGGUGAUGCUGGUGCGCAACCGCGACGAGGUGCAGGCGCUGGCCUUCGACGAGCAGCGGCGGCCGGGCGCCCGGCGCGCCGCCAGCCAGAGCGCCAUGCUGCAGCUCGACUACGGCGACACGGUGUGGCUGCGGCUGCACGGAGCCCCGCAGUACGCGCUGGGCGCGCCGGGCGCCACCUUCAGCGGCUACCUGGUGUACGCCGACGCCGACGCGCCUGCGCAGGGGCCCGCGCCGCCGGAGCCGCGCUCGGCCUUCUCCGCGGCGCGCACGCGCAGCCUGGUAGGCUCGGACGCGGGCCCCGGGCCGCGCCACCGGCCGGUGGCCUUCGACACCGAGCUGGUCAACAUCGGCGGCGACUUCGACGCGGCGGCCGGCGUGUUCCGCUGCCGUCUCCCCGGCGCCUACUUCUUCUCCUUCACGCUGGGCAAGCUGCCGCGCAAGACGCUGUCGGUGAAGCUGAUGAAGAACCGUGACGAGGUGCAGGCCAUGAUCUACGACGACGGCGCUUCGAGGCGCCGCGAGAUGCAGAGCCAGAGCGUGAUGCUGGCGCUGCGGCGCGGCGACGCCGUCUGGCUGCUCAGCCACGACCACGAUGGCUACGGCGCCUACAGCAACCACGGCAAGUACAUCACCUUCUCCGGCUUCCUGGUGUACCCCGACCUCGCCGCUGCCGGCCCGCCGGCCCUCAAGCCCCCCGAGCUCUGAGCCUCUGCUUGAAGGAGCUGGGGAGGGCCAUGGGGCAUGCAUGCCGAGCCGGGACCGCGGCCCGAAAGCCCCACCGGCCAGAGCAUGACAGCCUGCCCGGCAUUCCUGGACUCUGCCAAUAAAGUGGGGCUGCCCCUGUCAGCCCUUACGGCCCUGCCCUGUGUCAUGACUGUGAAGCCUUUGCCUCCUCCCUUCCUCUCCCCAGGAUGAGACAGGACCGCAAUGACUAGGACAGCACAUAGAGCCUAGCUGGGGGUCAGGCCUGUGAGAAUUGGAAGUUAGGGAAUUGACGCUAUUCUAAAUUCAAGUAGACCUCGCCUUCAUGUCCACGACUAGUGCAUCUCCCCAUCUGACUUCUCACUGACCCGUGGGCCCAUAUUAUGCCUUUCUGUAAGAAGCAGCAACAUCCUACCACUCUAACCCAUUAGGAACACAGGAUUCAAGGAAAUGGCAUGUUCCUUCUUUCAGUAGGGCUUAAGACUGAGAUGAAGGACUGAUACUUCCCUCCUGCCCUCCCAGAAUGGGGUGAGUGAUUUGCUCAGAACACGUGUCAGUGUAAGUGGGCUUAGGCACAAAAACAAGAUGGGCUCUGGGAGCCAAAACAGAAUCGGGGCUCUAACCAUAUACAAGUGCGUGAGCCAGACUUCUCCCAGCUUCAUUCCUUACUCAGAGGCGUUACAUGUGAGGCUGGCUUGAGACAACACAUUUUUUUUUCUAUCCACUUCACAAAGAGGUGAUGUUUUCCCACUUUUCCCUUUACUCCUCCGUAAAUAGAGCUGUUGAAAUCCAAUCUCUAUUCCCAGGCCACGAGGGGACUUAGCAAGCUCAGAGACCACUGAGCUUUUGUUAACUUUGAAAUGAGUAUAUUAACACUGGGUGAUGCUGGGCGCAGUGGCUCACGCCUGUCAUCCCAGCAGAGGCAGGCAGAUCGCUGUGAGUUCGAGGCCAGCCUGGUGUACACAGUAAGUCCAGGACAGCCAAGGCUACACAGAGAAACCCUGUCUCAAACAAAAAAGAAAAAAGAAAAAAAAAAAAAAAGAACUGGGUGACAAUCAGCAUACAUGGUUCCUGUGUCUCACAGUACUGCCACGACAGGAGUUAGAGGACCUGACCUGAUUUUACUUUGGGGGCAGCUUUUCUUUAGUGUGUAUUAAACAGACUUUUCAACCUUGACCUCCGGACAGACAUGCAUGAACCCGUUGCCCGCCGGUCUUGCCCUUAGCACUGUGCUUAUUGCCUAGACCCAGGCCUUAGCUGGGUGUAGGAAACAAGACAGGAUAGGAAUAAGCAUGGGUGGUCAGGAGCCAGGGACUACAAUAGGCUCAGAUAUCUGAAAAGGAGGAACCAGGAGCCAGAUGGAGCCCCUGCCAGGGAUGGGGAGGGUGAGGAAAAAGGGAAGGGUCAGGGGGAUAUGGUCAAGGAUGGAGACCCAAGACCCCAAAGAAGGGGCUGGCCCUGGGGCACAAACCCUUGCAAGGUCCCAGCAUGUUUCCUGUGCCAAGAGGGCAAAGACCUGGGCUCAAUGACCCCUUUCCUCAGCCUCACUAGCCCUAUGGAGCCAAUAGACAGGACAAGCCUGAAAGGAGCAGGUGCUUGAAAUCCCGAGGGCUAAGGGAAGGCCCAAAGAUCCUGGAGUUGGUGAAGCCAUCAUUGCUGAGCACCUUUCAAGUCCCUGGGCAUGUUGGUGCUGCAGGUCAAGCCUAAGUCGAUGGCCUGGAUCUGUGGAUCCAAGCUCCUCAUCCUCAAUGUACAGCUUUCCCAUGAUUUCCAGUUCUCAGCCUAGAGCAGCUGCCAAGGGGUGGGCUGUCCUUAGGGAUCAGGCAUGGGAGCAAGAGUGUGCAUGGAGUUGGGGAGGCCAUAAGCUAGUAGUGGGACCCAUGCUGGUUGUUCCCCACCCUGGACAGUUCUACCCUUCUUUGUCUCCUUCUAAACCCUGAAUUUAGGAUACCUGGACCCUCGCACCUCAUAGUCCAAGCUAGGAAAAAUAACCUCAAGCAUCACUUCUGGGUCCUUUGUCUCCUGCAAGCCACCUCUCUCCAUGGUGCUGUCCAUGGACUGCCCUGGGGCAACAGAGAGGAAUCAGAUUCCUGCUGUCUACCACUCUGAACACCCAGCCUCCCAGAUAGGCUCUUCUGCUGCCCAGGAGGCAUAUUUAUCAGAAAAGUGCAGGAUGCCAUCUCGUGCCCCUUCCCUAUUCCAAAUACACAUGUAUGUAUGCUGAUGUCACCUUUCCAGGCAUGCCAAGCCUGACUGCCCUCUUGGCAGAUACCUAACUUAACUCCUAUGACUUGCACAAUGCCCAUAGGCUUCCCACACCACCACCCACCACAAUGCACAUUAGUCUGGUACCCACCAGGCCCCCAGUUCCUCCUCUGGCAUGUGAGGAUCAAAAGAACCAAUUGCACCUGCUGUCAGUCAGCAGCCUUUUCUUGGCUCCCAGACAGCCAUCCUGAAGCCUGUAGCUGCAUCAUCCUGAAGUCACCCAGGCGAGGAGACCAAGGGCUACCACUAGACAAGGCAGGACUGUAGUGUCCCAGCCAUGUCCUCUGACUCCCGCAGCAGCUCCCCGCUCCCUCAUCUGCCUACCACAGCUCCAACUUCCCACUGCAGGCUCCUCUUGCAUUCCUUUACGUGUCACUCUUCAAAGCUGAGUAGGGAAGGGCUGCCUAUGGCCUCAUUCACCUCCUGGUGGCUAUUUUCACCCCUCAGAGAUGGGGACUGUUCAGUUUUGGCAGAGUAGCAUCUUGCUCAGAUGGGUAAGAUAUGUAGCUAAGAAGACGACAGCUUCAGCUUGACCCUUGUGAUGUAUGGGAUACAUCAGAGGCAGCAAUGCUGUUUCCCUGUCUGCUCUCUCACGAUAGCAUCUUACUGCAGAAGCCAGCCGGACACUCAGUCCGACCUGACACCUCGUCCAGCCCAGCCUCUGGGCUCCUCAGCUGCCAAAAGCAUCAGCUGCAUGUCCGGGUCUCCAGCUGCGUCACGGGUAGAACAGGAGUGCCCAUGGGAGGCGCUCAGCACAAAGCCAACGGACUAGACUCUAGAGCAACUGGAGAAGGGAGCAUUGUCUAGAGGACACACAGAUAACUCGAGCUCCACAGUGCUUUUUGCCACAGCUUUGAUAACUACUUACUAACAACAACUUUCUAGGCUUAAACCAGAAACCGGGAAGAUUCCUUUAGCUUAAGAGUAAGUGGGUCUUACACUUGACUUAUGAAACCCUAUGAAUGUUUGGGGGGGAGGACAGUAAAUUGGGGUUUUCCUGGCCCCACCCAGGCCCCUGGAUCUAUCAGCUGUCGCCACACAGUCUGCUGAGAUAAGGGCUUUCUUCAGCAGUUUCAAGGCCCUCCAGUGGUCACUAGAGACUAUUCUGAACCUUAAGGACUGUGAAAACUGAAUUACAGCUCCAGACCCCUCUAGAAAUACAUCUGGGCCCACAGAUCACAAUGUCUGUGACUGCAGCACAUAGCCCCAUUAAAUACACAGCUGUGGCAGGGAACACCACCUCUUACCUGCCCUCUCCUGAGUGUGCCAUUUCUACCCAUUAGCAGCACAUGAACUGGGGAAGAGGGAUGGCUCAUCAGAUCAGAGAACUUGCUGCGGAGCCUGUGUUCAAUUCCCAGAAUCCAAAUUAUGGGAGAGAAACACUCCUGAAAAUCACCCUUACCUCACCUAUGUAGCCAUCCCACCAAAUAAGUUAAUGUUCUAAAAAUACACACAGGAAGCCCAGCACUGGUGGCCCAUGACUUUUUUUGUGUGUUUGUUUUUGUUUUUUGAGACAGGGUUUGUGUGUGGCCUUGGCUGUCCUGGCUGCCGCUUUAGAGUCAUGGGCUGCCAGGCUUGGUGGUGGUGGAGUACUCCCAGCACUCGAGGGCAGAGACAGAUGGAUCUACGUGUUUGAGGCUAGCCUGGUCUACAGAGUUAUUUCUAGGACAGCCAGAGCUACACAGAGAAGCCCUGUCUUGAAAAAAACAAAACAACCUACCACAGAGGAAGUGGUGAAUGUCCCUAGGGAGUUUAUUUAUACAGACAAGCAUAGAUAAGGAAUUUUCCCUCUAGGACACAUGCUUUUGGAGCUACUUGGCUUCAGGUUUCUUGUCUCCAGCUUCAAGCUUGAGACUCUCGGGUUGCUGACGGUAGGCAGGGAAGGCCUCCCAGGGGCUGUUCAGGUCAAACUUGCGGAAUUCUUGGGCCAACUCCACUGGCUCAGCCACUAUCCGCUUCACCUCGUCGUCGUAACGGAGCUGCAGGAGCAGAAGUUAGGACUGAUGACUGAGGAGCUCACUCCACAUGGCUCUGGGCGACUCCUGUAGUCCCUCCCCCUCUCCUUGUGACUUCCAGUACUCUUUACAGGCUGUCACUCCACCUCCAUACACACUACCAUCUGCUCAGACGUUCUCAUAAACUAACUGAGGGAUUCCCAAAUGGCCUUUACUUUUUACAUACUGCCAAUUUGUUGACAUACCUCUGCCCCCUCCCCCACAGCACAACUUGAGCUCUGAACUAUUGGCUACUAGACUUGCUAGUCACCCAACCGUACACCUUAAAAGCUAACAGCAAGAACUGAUUUCAGAUUAGGCGCAGUCAGUGGCUGCAGAAAAUAUAUUUAGGCAAGGAGUGAUAGUGCUCUCCUUUAGUCCUAGCACUCAGAAGGUGAGAAUCUCUGUUGAGGCCAGCCUAAUCUACAUAGUUCCAGGACAGGCAAGGCUACACAGAAACCCUGUCUUAAAAACAGAUUAAGAAACAAAUAAAUAACUAACAGCCACACAACUUCAGCCCUGUGGCCUUAGCACUGUCACUGUGAAGAACUAAAGCGGUAGGGACUGGAGAGAUGGCUCAACAGAUAGAACACUUACUACUCUGGAGAGACCUGAGUUCCCAGCCUACAUGCAGCUUACAACUGCCUCUACUCCAGCUCCAAGGGAAAUGAGACAUCUUCUGUCUCUGAGAGCAUCUCUGUGCGCUCUCCCCCAAUACAAACACAUUCCAACACACACACACUUUAAAAAUCUUAGCCGGACUGGGCAGUGGUGGCACAUGCCUUUAAUACCAGAACUCGGGAGACAAAGGCAGGUGAAUCUCUGUGAGUUUGAGGCCAGCCUGGUCUAGAGAGUUCCAGGACAGCCAAGUCUAAAAAACCAAACAAAACAAAAUACCAACAAAAACAAAACAGAGAAACCCAGGCUUGAAAAACAAAAAAAAACAAAAACAAAAACAACAAAAAAAUCUUAGCCGGGCAUGGUGGUGCACACCUUUAACCCCAGCACUCAGGAGACAGAGGCAGGCAAAUAUCUGAGUUCGAGGCCAGCCUGGACUACAAAGCAAGUCCAGGACAGCCAAGGCUACACAGAGAAGCCCUGUCUUGAAAACAAAAACAAAAACAAAAAAAACCCUUGAAAACCCAAACCAAAACUGUAACUAUAAUUGCAGAACUUGAAAGCCUGAGGCAGGAAUAUCUCUGAGUCUGGGACCAGCCUGAGCUACAAACACCCUGCCUACAUACAUCCCCACUAGGCUGGCCUCAAACCCACAGAGAUCUCCUGCCUCUUGUCUCUGAGUGCUGGGAUUAAAGACGUGUACCACCACCACCCAGCUUUUUUUUUUUUUUUUUUUUUUUUUUUCCUUUUUGAGACAAGGUUUAAUUAUAUAGCCUCUGGUCGCCUGGAACUCACUAUGUAGACCAGGCUGGUCUAGAAUUCAAGAGAUACCUGCCUGCCUCUGGCUAGGUCCAGGGGUUAAAGGCAUUCACCACCAUGCUUGGUCUACAUCUAUCUUUUUAAAUGUUGGGAUCCAAACUCAGGUCUUCGUGCUUAUGCAAGAGGCACUUUGCCAACUGAGCCAUCUUCCAGUCUUCCACUUACUAACAGGUCCUUGCCAUGGCCAGUCUGGCCUUAAAUACAUCCUUCUCAGCUUCCCUAGUGUUGAGAUCAUAAGAACAUACCAGUGUACCUGGCCCGCAGUAGCCAUUCCUUUGUUGUUGUUUUUAAUUUAUUUAUUUUUAUUUUAUGUGCAUUGGUAUUUUGCCUGCAUGUAUGUCUGUGUGAGGGUGUCAGAUCUUGAAGUUAUAGACAGGAAUGAGCUGCCAUGUGGGAAUUGAACCCAGGUUCUCUGGAGGAGCAGUCAGUGCUCUUAACCACCGAGCCAUCUCUCCAGCCCUUGUUUUGUUUUUUUGAGACUUGGUUUCUCUCUGUAGCCCUGGCUUCCCUGGAACUCACUCUGUAAACUAGGCUGGCCUUGAACUCAGAGAUCUUCCUGCCUCUGUCUCCUGAAUUCUGGGAUUAAAGGCACGCACCAACACCUCCCGACUUUAAGUUGCCAUUCUCAAAGGCUGAAAUGUUAAUUUCUCUGCCAAAUCUUUAGUUCUUCAAAUUUAGAAAUUGGGACAGACUGUAUCUUUGAGGUUGCCUCAAUCAUAAAAUGAUCAUUACAAGGCAACCCAUUUUGAGAACCCCUCCCUGAUUCAGACAUUUAUUCUAAUCAAUAAACCUUGUUUGCAAGUUGGUGGUGGUGUAGACCUUUGAUCUCAGCACAGGAAACAGAAGACAGGCAGAUCUCUAUGAGUUUGAAGCCAGCCUGGUCUUCAGAGUAAGUUCAACAACAGCCAGGGCUACAAAGAGAAACCCUGUCUCAAAAAACAAAAACAUAAAAAAAAUAAUAAAUUAAAAAUAAAAAAUCUUGUUUGCAGCCAGGCCAAAAAAUAAAUAAAAUAAAAUAAAAACCCACCAUCAAAAACUAAAAUGAAGCUGGGUGCAGUGGUGCAUGCCUGUAAUCCCAGUACUCAGGGAGGCAACGGCAGGCAGAUCGCUGUGAAGCCAGCCUGGUCCACAAAGCGAGUCCAGGACAGCCAAGGCUACACAGAGAAACCCUGCCUUUUCCUGAAAAACCAAACAAAAAAAAAAAAGAAAAAAAAAAAAAAAAAAAGACAGAAAAA